GCAACAGGCGGCCAAUAGGAUGCAGGUACAGGCGGCCAAUAGGCAACAGGCGGCCAAUAAGAUACAGGCCAAUAGGCAACAGGCGGCCAUGCAACAACAGGCGGACAUGCAACAAGAGCCGGCCAUGCAACAGCAGCAGUCAGCAAUGCAGCAAGAGGCAGCAAUGCAACAAGAGCCGGCCAUGCAACAACAGCCAGAAAUGCAACAGCAGCAGCCAACAAUGCAGCAACAACAGCCGGCCAUGCAACAGCAGCAGUCGGCUGGGAUGCAACAGGCAGACGUGCAACAAGAGCAGUCAGCAAUGCAGCAAGAGCCGGCCAUGCAGCAACAACAGGCAGCAAUGCAGCAACAACAGCAGCCAACCCUACAGGAGCAACAGCCCGCCAUGCAACAACAGCAACAACACCCAGCCAUGCAACAACAGCCAACCAUGCAGCAACAACAACCAGCCAUGCAGCAACAACAGUCGUCAAUGCAACAAGAGGCAGCAAUGCAACAACAAGAGGCAGCAAUGCAACAACAGGCAGCAAUGCAGCAACAGGCAGCAAUGCAGCAACAACAGCCAACCAUGCAGCAACAACCAGCAAUGCGGCAACAAGAGGCAGCAAUGCAACAGCAACCAACCAUGCAACAACAGGCAGCAGUGCAGCAACAAGAGGCAGCAAUGCAGCAACAGCAAACCAUGCAGCAACAGUUGUCCAUGCAGCAACAACAGGCAGCAAUGCAGCAACAACAGGCAGCCAUGCAGCAACAGCAAACCAUGCAACAACAGGCAGCAAUGCAACAACAGGCAGCCAUGCAACAACAGUCACCCAUGCAACAACAGGCAGCCAUGCAACAACAACAAGAGGCAGCAAUGCAACAACAGCCAACCAUGCAACAACAAGAGGCAGCAAUGCAACAACAGCCAACCAUGCAGCAGCAACAACAGCCAGCCAUGCAGCAACAGCCAACCAUGCAACAACAACAGGCAGCAAUGCAACAACACCCAACCAUGCAGCAACAGUCAACCAUGCAACAACAGGCAACAAUGCAACAACAGUCGUCCAUGCAGCAACAACAGCCAACCAUGCAACAACAACAGGCAGCAAUGCAGCAACAGCCAUCCAUGCAACAACAACAGGCAGCAAUGCAACAACAACAGGCAGCAAUGCAACAACAACAGGCAGCAAUGCAGCAACAACAGUCAUCCAUGCAUCAACAACAGCCAUCCAUGCAGCUGCAACAACAGGCAGCAAUGCAACAACAGUUGUCCAUGCAGCAACAACAGCCAACCAUGCAACAACAACAACAGCCAACCAUGCAGCUGCAACAACAGGCAGCAAUGCAACAACAGUCGUCCAUGCAGCAACAGUCAACCAUGCAACAACAGGCAGCCAUACAACAACACCCAGCCAUGCAACAACAGCCAACCAUGCAACAACAACANUGCAGCAAGAGGCAGCAAUGCAACAAGAGCCGGCCAUGCAACAACAGCCAGAAAUGCAACAGCAGCAGCCAACAAUGCAGCAACAACAGCCGGCCGUGCAACAGCAGCAGUCGGCUGGGAUGCAACAGGCAGACGUGCAACAACAGGCAGCAAUGCAGCAAGAGCCGGCCAUGCAACAACAGGCAGCAAUGCAGCAACAACAGCAGCCAACCCUACAGGAGCAACAGCCCGCCAUGCAACGAGAGCAACAACAGCCAACCAUGCAACAACAACAGCCAACCAUGCAGCAACAACAGGCAGCAAUGCAGCAACAACAGCAACAGCCAACCAUGCAACAACAACAGUCGUCAAUGCAACAACAGGCAGCAAUGCAACAACAAGAGGCAGCAAUGCAACAACAGGCAGCAAUGCAACAAGAGGCAGCAAUGCAGCAACAACAGCCAACCAUGCAGCAACAACCAGCAAUGCGGCAACAAGAGGCAGCAAUGCAACAACAACCAGCCAUGCAACAACAGUCGUCCAUGCAGCAACAAGAGGCAGCAAUGCAACAACAGCAACCAACCAUGCAACAACAGGCAGCAGUGCAGCAACAAGAGGCAGCAACGCAACAACAGCAAACCAUGCAACAACAGGCAGCAAAGGAACAACAGCCAACCAUGCAGCAACAACCAGCCAUGCAACAACAGUUGUCCAUGCAACAACAACAGUCGUCAAUGCAACAACAACAGGCAGCAAUGCAACAACAACAGGCAGCAAUGCAGCAACAAGAGGCAGCAAUGCAACAACAACCAGCCAUGCAGCAACAACAGCCAACCAUACAACAACAGCUACAAGCACGCGGGCAGUUUGGUGAACCACCGGCACAGUCACACCACGGGGCUGUUCCGCUGCAACGCCUGCAACAAGGCCUGCUACAACCUGAUGGCCCUAAAGAACCACCGCAGGACACACAGCAAGAGGGGGCACGGGGCGGGGGACAGGGGGGUAAGGGGGGUAACGUGUGUCGGGGAGCGAUAG